UAGCGAAUCUCGUUUUCAAGUCGUCCCGAAGCAAAGGAGAGAUUCCGCGGCAAAUCAGAUAAUACCAAAUCUGAAACUGAGAUCAGGAGAAGGAGAGAGAUCUUCAAAUGGCGGAUUCGAACGCAGAGAGACCGUUGAGAAAAAUCUCAACGGCUUUCAAAGAGUUAGCAGUCACCGUGAGUUCGCCGAGUCCUGAAGUCCCCGUGGCGCAGUUCUCACACGCUUGCUCUCUCGUCUCGCCUCUCUUUGGCUGCCUCGGGAUCGCCUUCAAGUUCGCAGAGAUGGACUAUGUCGCCAAGGUUGAUGAUCUUGCGAAGGCGUCGAGUUCAGUAUCGACAUUAGUUGUAAUGGUGGACAAAGAUAUUGAGGCGAACUGUGUAAGGAAAGCUGGUAGUCAUACUAGAAACCUCUUGAGGGUGAAGCGUGGUCUUGACAUGGUCAGAGCUCUCUUUGUUGAGAUCAUAGCUUCCGAAGGUGAUAAUUCUUUAAAGGAUCCAGCAUCCAAGUCUUAUGCACAAGUGUUUGCUCCACACCAUGGAUGGGCUAUACGGAAAGCUGUUGCUCUUGGGAUGUACGCUCUUCCCACUAGAUCUCAGCUACUUACCAUGCUCAAUGAGCAAGAAGCGGAGGCUAAGAUAGAGAUGCAAAGCUAUGUAAAUGCAUCAGCACCAGUGAUCGCCUAUCUUGAUAAUCUAUUCCAUUCCAAGCAGCUCGGUAUCGAUUGGUGAAGAACCCUGAAGAGUUUAUUAUUAUCCUUCUCUUGACAGUGUUUGUCACACAUAAUAACCAAUAUGGUUUUAUAAACUCAUGUAAUCACAUAACAAGUAUCAAACCAGAGCUGUUGAAAAUUAAAAACUUUAUAAAUAAAUUUAUGCUUUAUCUAGUUUGUCGGUCUGUGGAGCUUUAAUAUCUCUAAAGAACUCAGUUGAUGUCUUGCUGACAUGACAAUAAGUUUGCUAGCUUCUUCUUUAGGUCUGGUGCAAUCUCAGGGCUUGAUAGGAACAUAUCCAGCGACUGGACCACCCCUUUCCGCUCAAUCUCUUUAAAUGCUGAUGCCACACUUCUCAUGAUCAUAUCUCGGCGGGUUACGUCAUAAGUGUCUACAAGAUGAAGCAAAAACUCAAGUAAAGAGUGAGUGAUGUGUAGAUACUGCGGUAUUGACCAUAACAUCAAGAGAGCAGCAGGUUCAACAUUCAUAAUGCUGUCGAUUCUUUCGUCAAAGAAGAGCCAGUCGUAAAACAGAGCCAGCUUAACACGUGGUUCGACGUGAUGAUUUUGCCUGCACAGUUCUAGAAACCAACCUAUAACAGCCCAUCUUGGCAUGAUCUCUGACCUGAUGAUCUCGUUACUUGGGUGAACAACACAGCAGAUGAACCGGACUAUGUCGAUCAAAAGUGUUCCUUUUUCAAGACCCAAGAGGAACUUCUUCAAGAACCAUAUCUGAUGUCUCUUAUGGCUUCCCAGCUUCACAUUCCCAAGCAAAAACCUUAACUGGGUUUCCAUCUCAGGGGUGAUCCGGAGAAGAAAGUAUCUACUUGAAGUUUUGGACUGGUAAAUCUUUAAAAUGUCAGAGCAGAUCAAAUCAUUCCAUAUCUCUUUAAACUCGGAGAUGUAAACCAGGUCCUGUAAUAACCGGACAAGAUCCCUUCCAAUCUUCAAACUCAAAUGCAGCUGCUCUCUAAACAUUCUGACACAGAACUUGAUCUCUAGUCUCUUCACUUCUUCCAGCUUCGGUAUCCCUGUGACCCUACAAUGAUCCGCUAAUAAACGAAGAAAAUUGUAGAGAGCACUAGUCAAGACCAAGGGCACAUCUUCAAGCAAGCAACCCCAUUUGUCAAGAAACAAGCUCACCAGUUCAUAGCAAAGCCAAACAUUCUGAUCUCCAUAAUCCCCACUUCCAAUUCGUCGCAGCAAAGACACAAGCAAAUCCUCAAGUCCCACACUCGAAACAGACACCAUCUCCUUUGUUAACCAAAGCAGCUGAACCUUAGCUGAGUUAACAAGUUUACCGUACAGUUCAAGAACGAUUCCAACAAGCAAACUAGUGAAAAACGCAUACCCAUCAGUGACGACAGCAUGUAAAUGCUUGAUGUGGGUUUUAGAGGAACCAGAAUCGCAUAACACGGCAUAAAGGAUAGCUCUACUGAGCUCAAGAAACUCUUGCGGGUCUGGGAUAUCCAGGGAGAAGGGUGGCUGCAGCUUAGGCUCAAGAUUCACAAAGGCUUGACGCAGUGACAGUUCAAGCUUGUUCUCUGCUUCGUGUAACGACGCAACGAAAGGCUUUCCCUUUUCCAUUAUCCAAUUUGGAAAGAUUCAGCAACGUAUUGUGGCUAACGACAUAACACAAGAAGGCAUAAUUAAGCAGACUCCACCUACUCUAAAUUUCAUUCAGGCAUUUCGUCAUACACCUGAUAGGUAAAAUAUAACUUACCCAGACUGCACCGAACUAAGUUCUCAUGACGUAACUACUUAACGUAAGAGAAGGAACCCAGAAGUGUGUGACCGUAA